AUGUCGUUCAGAAGCAUCAUCCAGGACGUGAAAGGGGAGAUCGGGAGCAUCUCGAGGAAAGGAUUCGAGGUGAAGCUCGGCGGUUAUGGCCUGCGUUCGCGCUCUCAUCGCGCGGUGGUCCAUGAUCGGGCAGCGGCGGCGGCGGCGGCGGGGGGGGGAACCGUCGAUGCCCUCAAGCUGAGCUGCUGGGCGGCCAUCCCCCCCGAGCUCCUGUGGGACGUACUACAGAGGGUCGAAGAUUCAGAGGGCGCAUGGCCGCGCAGGAAGUUCGUGGUCUCCUGCGCAGGCGUCUGCAGGGGCUGGAGGGAGAUCAUCAAGGAGAUCGUCAAGACCCCCGAAAUCUCCGGCAAGCUGACCUUCCCAAUCUCUCUGAAGCAGGUCAGGCUAUUCUUUUCCUCAGAAGAUUAAAAACAUGAUCUUCUUCUGAAAGUUGUCCGAGACCUUCCCCUCCGCCAUAGCUUACGAGUUUACUCUUCGGAUUCAUCACCACUGACCCUUGGAAAAUCUGAUGCAUGGUCUGAAGCCCGGCCCGAGGGACUCGCUCCUCCAGUGUUUCAUAAAAAGAAAUCGAGCGACGCAGACGUACCACCUCUACCUUGGUCUUACCCGAGGUAAUUCUGCUCAUCUUCUCCUCAGCUGGCACUCUCUGCUUCUCUCUACCGCAUGCUGAGCCACGCUUUAUUUAUUUCACCAUCUUUAUUUAGCAAUACUGGUCUUCCAUCCUGUGCAUUUUAAUUCUAGCUGCUGUUCUAGCCGAUGUGCUCCAUUCUUCCUAUUCUGGGUAGUAGUCACAGAGGCGGUAGAAUGUGGGAUCCAAUCCAUGCACCCGAUCUAGAAUAGGAAGGAAGAAGUGCAUCCCAAUCGCUGACUACAUUCUCUCUCUCUCUCUUUCUCUCUCUCUCUCUCUUUCUCUAUCUCUGUGUCGUUGCCAUACAGCCCUCACAGACAGCGGCAAGUUCCUCCUCGCCGCCUGCAGAAGCCGCCACCUGACCUGCACCGACUACGUCAUUUCUAUGAAUCCGAGCGACGUAUCCAAAGGAAGCGCAGCCUACAUCGGGAAAUUGAAGUGAGUUUCAUCUGGGUCGCCCCAAAAUCAGUCAUCUGUGACUACCAAAGAAAUUAAUUUGCUCUUUCAUCUUUGGCCAGAUCGAACUUCCUGGGAACUAAAUUCGUCGCGUACGAUGCGAUGCCCCCCCACGCCGGCGCUACGGUCGAAAGAAGCCGCUCCACCAGGCUGGGCUCCAGCCAGGUCUCCCCCAGGGUGCCUGCCGGGAACUAUCCCCUCGCCCACAUCGCCUACGAGCUCAACGUCCUGAAUUCCAGGUGAGAAGCUCGCCAUUAAAACCAUGGAAACUCAAGAUGGUUAUUGCUCAAUGGUCUCUCUCUCUCUCUCUCUCUCUCUCUCUCUCUCCUUUCUUCAUGGUAAUCCUUGUUGAAUCCAGGGGGCCGAGAAGGAUGCAAUGCACGAUGGACGCAAUACCGGCGUCGGCGAUGAGGGUCGGCGGCGCCGCUCCGACGCAGACGGAGUUUCCGAUGGGUGGCGUGGACUCGUUCUCGUCGAUCCCCUUCUUCCGAACCAAGUCCUGUCGCGCGGAGAGCUUCUCUUCGGGGCCAAGGGCGGCGGCGGGGAGGGGGGAGGAGCUGCUGGUGCUGGAGAACAAGGCCCCACGGUGGCACGAGCAGCUCCAGUGCUGGUGCCUCAACUUCCGCGGCAGGGUCACCGUAGCUUCCGUGAAGAACUUCCAGCUGGUUACGUCGUCGGGGAGCGGCCCGGACAACGAGAGGAUCGUCCUCCAGUUCGGGAAGGUGGGCAAGGACCUCUUCACCAUGGAUUACCAGUACCCCCUGUCGGCCUUCCAGGCCUUCGCCAUCUGCCUCAGCAGCUUCGACACCAAGAUUGCCUGUAAAUAG